UUAUGAACCACUGCUUUACUCACGGCCAUACAUCUCGUCAUUUGUUUCCCUUUGCCAUUUCUGCUUAUAUGUUUCUUUGCGCACGACUAUUGGAAUAUAGGCCUACGCUACCAUAGACAUUCGACAGUGAGAUUUUAUAACGACGAGGAUUUGUAAGGACGAGAACCAACACAACAAAAUAAUGCAGUCCGUGAAAUGUGUUGUGGUUGGAGAUGGAGCUGUUGGUAAAACCUGUUUGCUGAUCAGCUACACAACCAAUGCUUUCCCUGGAGAAUAUAUUCCCACUGUGUUUGAAAGCUAUGCUGCAAAUGUUGUGGUGGAUGGGAACCCAGUGAACAUCGGUUUAUGGGACACAGCUGGCCAGGAAGAUUACGAUAAACUUCGACCGCUAUCAUACCCACAGUCAGAUGUCUUUGUCAUGUGCUUCUCGUUGGUAAACCCAACAUCUUAUGAAAACAUUGCAGAAAAAUGGUAUCCGGAAGUUCAUGAACACUGUCCCGACAUCCCCAUUGUACUCGUUGGGACAAAACUGGAUUUACGUGAAGACCCAGUAAGGGAAACACUCAAAACGUUGGGUGAGAGAAAUCUUGUUCCAGUUACCAAAACCCAGGGCCUCCAGUUGGCGAAAAAAGUUGGGGCAAAGAAAUAUUUUGAGUGCUCGGCGCUUACUCGUGAAAACUUAGACGAACUCUUUCUUGAAGCAAUGCGCAAUGCCCUAAAAGGACCGGACAAAAUUGUAAAAGAGAAACCAAAUUGUCAAAUUAUCUAAUCAGCAUUUAAGAAUUUUGAGUUAACGCUCGAAUAAUUGUUCAGUAUACAACUGUAUACCAAAGUCCAUAAAAAUAAAAAUUAAAACUAUAGACUUUGCUGUACACAUUAUACAUGUCGUUACCGCAUGUGGUGUAGCUUAAACGAUUGUGCAAUACCUUUAUAUUAAAGGUUAAUGUUUUACAGUCGUGAGUAACUGGAACUCUCUGCGUAUUUGUGUACACUGUACACAAUGUUAAAACUCUAUCACUUUGUCCUAAAACUAUUGCUUUUUACUUUAGGAAUACAUUAGUAUACAUCAUUUCAUUAGUUUUACACGAUAUUUUUGCUACUGAUAGUUUGUGAACGAUUUAUAAAUGGACAACUGACGUUCCGGCGAAACAUAUGAUAUUGUAAACAUGUACGUUUGCUCAAACGCGUUACACACAUUUGUUCCCCUUUGUUUUACUACUUUCAUUCUCCGGCCGCAAUGAAAUUUACAUGUUAGUUAGAUAUAGCUAACAACGCUAUAUAAUAAAGUUUCACAAUCGU